GUGUCGCAGCAUCUAUGUGAACGCCAUGUGCGAGAUCUCCGAGAGCCACAAGAAGCAGCUUUACGCACAGCACCGCUCGUAGUUUUCGAUAAAACAUUGUCUGUUGAACGAGAACAUGUUGCUGCUGAAGACUUCUGCUCUGUGGUUGCUGCUGGCCUUCCUCGGGCAGCAGCUCUCUCUGUCCUGUGCUGCGCGCAAUAAGAACCGCGCAGAGGACCAGACCGUGACCACGGCCCCCGGCAGAGUGCACAGGAGCAGGGGCAAGCCCGCAGAGGGCGGUCGGGGAAAGUUCUCCAUCAAGGACAAGAUGCGGUGCACGUGGAGCUCCACGGGCGUCGGGGACACCGUCCGGCUGUCUGUGAAAUGCGAGGACCGGGAGGCGCGCGUCAAAGGCGGAGUCACCGACCUGCAGUGUCACUACAACGCCAAACCGCAGAGCUGCCCGGCCUACCUGUCCGACACCAAGGGCUUCUGGAAGCAGGUGGCCCGCGCGCUCAAAAGGCGGCAGGGCAACGUGUGUGAGGACGAUCGCAAGCUGCUGAGGGCCGGCAUGUGCAAGCGCGCGCCCCGGGACGCGGGCUUCAAGCUCGACCCCCUCAGCUCCGUCCGCCUCGUCGGAGAACUGGAGACGCCCCAGCCACCGCCGACGACGCCGCCGCCGCCUCGCUCCGUCUCCACCGCUGCGCCUCCGGCCGGACCGACGGCGUGCACGAGGCGCGCGAACCACUGGCAAACGGCUGAAGAGAGUUGCAGCGGCUCGUGGGCCAGCGUGUGCAACUUCCUUCUGUCCAUGCUGCAGAGCGACGACUGUUGAGCUCCUUCCGGUCAGACUGAGCGCGGGACUCAGUUUGUGUUAAUUGGCGGUUCAUGCUUUGAUCCACAAGAGUCCGAGUUCCUCUGAGUGAUCUUCAGUUAGCACAAACUAAUAUGUUAGUAUGUUCACCAGCUCAUGCAGAGGUGGAUAUGAUCAAAUAUGCGUUUCAAGUAAUGUAUCACCAUGUGGUGGUUUUUACUUUGUACUUUAAGUACAAUGUUAAAGGAACUUUUUACUCGAGUAAAAAUGUGCUCGUAAAAUCCAAGAUACAUAUUUGUAUCAUGCAGUUAUUACUUUUCAGAUUUUGAAUGUCCCUUCAAAACUUUAUAAAAUAUGAUUUUAUUGUUCAAUUAGCUUCACCUUGACCAACCAUUUAAAAAGCUGCUCACACAUCGAUGCACUAAUAAUAAUGAUUAAAUAUUUAUGAUAUUGAGAGAAAUACUUUUAAGAAAAAUGUGCUGAUGAAUCUGUUUUUACUUUUAUUUUGAACUUUUUGACUUUCCAAUGAACCCUCCUCACCACAUCGGUCAGGUGUACAUUCAAGACUAAACAACGUUUUGAAUCCUGGAUCUUGAGAAUAUUGUGUUUCUUGUUAUUUGCGUUAUUUGACAGUGUUUAUUCAACCUGAACACUUCCUACACCUCUGUUUAUCCCACUGAACUGAAGAUUGAUUAUUAUAAUUUAGAGUAGUAUACAUUCCUUCUACUCUGGUCAGCUUUAUCAAUCAAGUAAACACCACUGUAUUUAUGCACCAUGAAAUAAAUAUUUUCUAUUU